GAGCCGUCUGCCUGUCAGCGCUUGCCUCUUUGUUCAAACGGAUCUAGCUUCUCUCCCUCGGCGUAGAGCUUCUGGCAAGAAGGGGGACGGAGGGAGCACCUUGAAGUGUGUGUGUGUGUGUGUGUGUGUGUGCGCAUUUAUUCCGAUCCGACAGAUAUCGGUGUGUGUGAGGAUGAACAGUGCAGAGACUGCUGCUGCUUCUGCUCAGUGAGGAAGAGGAUACCACAGAAGAAGAAGGAGUGGAAAGUCCAGGACGGGGAGCGCUUGUGCACACACACUCCCCCUGGUCUCCUCUGCCUCUGCAAAGUGCUGUUUCACCCUUGGUUUCGCCGUUUUCGUCUCUGCACCCUCCGGGAGCAUUGGGAGCACCUGCACGGAGGCGCAAAAGGUUUCUGCUCACAUUCCUGAGGAAAGCGCAGCUUUUUCCAGAAGAGGUCCAGUAUGCCGCUCGCUCUGUGUGCAGCUGGGAGGCAGAUCCUCUUUGCCCUGCUGCUGCUCUCUUUAGGCUCGAGUGCAGCCUCCUCCAUAGUGAACAUGCGUAGGAUCACACAUCCAACAGUAAAACAAUCACUGGCAGGCAAAGCUGUCCUCCCCUGUGUGUUCACCCUCCAGCCCACCUCCUCCGACCAGCCUCCCCACCUCCUGUGGACCCAUACCAAGCCCCCAGCAGCAGGGGGACAGGGUGCUGUUCCUGAGCAGAUUGUGCUUUCUGCUAAAGGUGAUGUGAUCCAGGUGAAUAAGGCUUUCAUCGGCCGUGUCAUGCUGCCAGGAUACACUGCCAAUCCUCUGAAUGCUACCAUGGAGAUCUCCAGUCUCCGUACCAACGACUCAGGCACUUACCACUGUCAGGUUGUCAUGGGUAACGACUAUGAGAGAGACACUGUGCCUCUGGUUGUAUCUGGUGUGGUGUUUCAUUACCAGGCUCUCAGCGCCCGCUACGCUCUCUCGUUCACUGAUGCUCAGAAAGCCUGUCAGGAGAUAUCGGCUGAGAUGGCCACACCAGCCCAGAUGUGGGCGGUGUACUAUGAUGGCUUCACCAGCUGUGCCCCCGGCUGGUUGGAUGAUCAGACCGUCCGAUAUUCAGUCCAGAAGCCAGAGCUUGGUUGCUAUGGACACAAGGAAUACUCUGCUGGAGUGAGGAAUUAUGGGAAGAGAGACCCAAAAGAGCUGUUUGAUGUGUACUGUUUUGCGAAAGAACUGGAAGGUGAGGUGUUUCACUCCUCUGUCCCGGGACGACUCUCGCUGUCCUCAGCCUCAGACCGCUGUGUGUCCCUCGGGGGGCAGCUGGCCACAGUGGGGCAGCUCUAUUUGGCCUGGAAAGCCGGCCUGGACAGCUGUGCCCCUGGCUGGUUGUCUGAUGGCAGCGUCCGCUACCCGGUGACCUGGCCUCACCUGGACUGUGGGGGGAGCCAGCCGGGGGUCCACACCGUGACACCCAACACUACUGCUGACAACAACACAGAGUUAUAUGACGCUUACUGCUACAGAGGUAAAGUGAAGAAUUCAGGCUCCAUCUCUCAGAUCUACACCUCCCUGUGGAAGCCCUGGAGCUACCUCACAGGUUCGAGUGAUGCCGAGUCCGCAGGGGCCGACAACAGUGACUCGUCUACACAACAACCUACAACUACCAGAGGUUCCUCAGACGGCAAUGUCCUCAAUGUUUUACCCACAAACUGGACCGGGUUAGUAGACCUGGAAGAGGAGGCCUCCCUUGCAUCCCCAGACCAUUGGUCCUCAGACUCUUCAGGAUCAUUUAUGACCCUGCAGCUAAUUCCAGGACAGAGCUUAUUUGACUGGGGAGAGACACUUGAACCUGGCCCUGACUCCGAGGAGUUUCUUCGACCGCCAAUCCAACCAACACCUGCUGAGAAGAAGGUGAUCUCAAAGAUUGUUAAAUCCAUCUGGAAGCCAUGGAACUACCUGGCGGGGACUGAAGAUGAGGAAGGAACCCAAACACCGAGUGAACAGGCAGGGGAGGAGGAGCCGGCCACGAAGAAGACAGACGAGGCGUCAAAUCCAUCCCCAGGUUUGUUUUCCUGGGGAAGUUCAUGGUUCAACGUUCCCUCAAGAGAAAACUCUACACACGCCAGUGAAGAUUCACCCACUCGUCUGGCAUCGACUUUGGCUGCCUCCAGUAACUCCAUGACUACAGAGGGCACCAAGAGGUGGGAUAAUCAAGAGACUUCCAUCGCCUCCAGCUCUAAGCCCGAAAUCCUCUCAUCCAGCACUGAAACCUGGGUCCGUGUAGAGGCGGAGACCACUACUCAGUCAGGUGACAAAAGGGAUGAGACGGUGACUUCUAGAUCCGGUGGAAGAGGAGGAAGAGGACGAGGGAAGAAGAACAGAGGGGAGGACAGGAGCAGAGGAGAAGAUAAGGGGAAAGGAGAGGAGAAAGGGAAAGGAGAAGAUGAGGGAAGCGGAGAAAUCACCGGCGCUGAAGCAAAGGGGGAGAUACAAGUUUCCCGCCGACCAGUUGGAACGAGCAAACCCAGAGAAAGAUCCAGAGAAAGAUCUAGAGAGAGGGGGCACAGGAAGGGACAGUCUACAACCACCACGACUACCACUACCACCACUGCUAAUCCUCUGGAGUUAAUAGAGAUUACUUCAACUUGGACAGAAAGCACAGGAGCAGCCACAUUGGAGGCCCUGUCUUCUUCACCUGCUGAAACCCCAAAACCAUCAACCUUACUGGAUCAAUCCAUUACCGCCACUCCAAUGUCUUCAUCCACAUCCUUCUUUCAAUCUUCCCCAUCUCCCUCCUCCCAGUCACCAUCCAAUACCCAAUCCCCAUCACCCUCUCCCUCCCCAUCAUCGCCCCCUUCCCCUUCUCAAUCGAAAGAGCCAGUUACAUCUGAGUAUUUGAAGAACCAGGGCAAACCCCUGACACCUCUGAAAUGGUACCCAGUGGACAAACCUGUUCUUAACAGCUCUCUGGAUUACCCUCCCCCUGGACCCCCAGAUGAGGAGGAGCCAGCUUGGUCUCAUGCUGUGGGCUCAGGGGCCUUGUUACCAGGCAACAUGGAGGAGGAGAGCAGAGGAGGAGUCAACAUCAGCACCAUAACAAUCAGCACAGCAGUUGAAGUGGAGCCCUGCGUGACAAACCCGUGUCUGCACGGAGGAAAGUGCCUUCCUCAGGGAACGGGCUACAGCUGUUACUGCCCACAAGGAUACGCUGGGGAGAACUGUGAGAUUGAUGUUGACGACUGCCAGUCAGAGCCUUGUGAAAAUGGAGGCACUUGCAUCGACAAGAUUGAUUCCUUCCUGUGCCUUUGCCUGCCAAGCUAUGGAGGAGACACAUGCGAGAAAGACAUUGAAGGCUGCGAGCACGGCUGGAGGAAGUUUCACGGCCACUGCUAUAGGUACUUCACACACAGACACACCUGGGAGGAUGCAGAGAAGGACUGCAGAGAGCACAGUGCACACCUGAGCAGCAUCAUCUCCUCCACUGAGCAGGACUUUAUCAAUGGUCUGGGUCAUGACAACGCCUGGAUCGGACUAAAUGACCGCACAGUGGAGGACGACUUUCAGUGGACUGACAGCAACGAUCUGGUGUAUGAGAACUGGAGGGAGAGCCAGCCAGAUAACUUUUUUGCCGGUGGGGAGGACUGUGUGGUGACCAUCGCCCACGAGGACGGCAAGUGGAACGACGUGCCGUGCAACUACAACUUGCCCUACAUUUGCAAGAAAGGCACAGUGUUGUGUGGGACCCCACCCGCCGUGGAGAACGCCCAUCUGAUAGGUCGGCGGAGGUCACACUAUGACAUCCAUGCAGUGGUUCGCUAUCAAUGUUCCGAAGGCUUCUUCCAGCGCCACAUCCCCACCGCUCGCUGCCGGGCUGACGGGAGCUGGGAGAGACCAAGAAUCAUCUGUACAAAGUCCCGUCGGUCUCACCGGUACAGACGCCACCACCACAAUCAGCACCAUGAGCACCGCGGCCACCGGAGACACGGCGGAGAGGGACACAAGGCCCGGUUGGACGCACAGAGCUACUACUGAACCAAAUAAUAACACAUCUGCCAUGCUUAGGUGCUGAACAUGGUCCAUAAAGACAGACAGUAGUUCAUCAAAAUCACGCUUCUCACCCUGCUCUCUAUAGCUUUACCCUUCCUCAUGAAAAGGUUUUCUCACUCUUAACACACGGUUUAUCUCUGCCCCCCUCGUUUGGGUGUUUUUUGACGCUUCGUUUUGACCCAGCUUCCUCUAACCAAGGUCCAUGCGAACACUAAUACUAUCUCACUAACAGUUACUAAUACCUACCUAACAUCUCCCUUCAGUGAAUCCUCCUCCUGUCUAUGAACUAAACCCCUCCCCCCCUCAGUCCCUCACACACACAGACAGCAGUGUGUGUGUGUGUGUGUGUGUGUGUGUGUGUGUGUGUGUGUGUGUGUGUGUGUGUGUGCGUGUGCGUGUGCGUGUGUGCGUGUGCGUGUGUGUGUGCAUGUAAGAGAAAAACUUAGAAAAGUGCUGAGUCACAUCCUUUUUUUCUAAGGGGUUUGCCUGUGCUACAUGAAAAAUGACUCUCACCCUAGUUUUCCGUUUACAAAGCACAGAUGUAUUUGAAGCAAGAUAGCAUUCAGUCCCUGUAACCCUGAGCUUUUUCUAAGUGUACUGUAGCUGUUACUUUCCCAUAGAGUGUCUGAAUAGCUCGUCUCUUUUAUUCUACUGACAUGCUUUUUUCUAAUACCUGCUAUGUCAUGGUGUUAUGUUACUAUUUAUUAUAAAUCUGCUAGUGAAUAUGCUUUCUUUUUUUACUUAUACGUCAAAGAGCGGAUAGAGCAUCUUUUUUCUACACAAGUAUUAAAGUUCAAAUCUUAAUAAAAAACAAAUUAACCCUUUGAUUGCCUCUAAUCUCUGCAUUGUAAAUAUUGUCGUGUUUGUUAUUGGCUGAUUGAUAGCUGGACCUUGUCCAAUGAAACAGACCCUCCCAUAUCCCCAUAAGCACUCGAAACUAAUGAAUAUGUCGUAGUGAUAUGGACAGUGUGGGUGGGAUUUACAAGACUAAAGAAACCAAUUGAUUGUAUCUGAUUUGUGAAAUUCUUUCGAUCUUUGCACGGCUAAACUUACAGGAUGGGUAGAAUGUCGAUAUUUUUUGUCCUUUGGUCUCUUUGAUAUUCGAUCGUUCAUCCACUUUUUUGGUGUUCUUAUGACUUUUUGUCCUGCUGUUGUAUUCCAUUCUUAAUAAAGUGAAAAAAUAAACAA